AUGGCCGAGGCUGCUGUUGCUGCCGUCAGCCUUGGUGCGUUGGUUAUAGGCUUCAUUGGACUGACAGGUCAAAUACUUCAAGGCUGUCAAUAUAUUUGCGACUGUUUCGAUGACAUUAAUGGCGCACCGAAAGAAAUACUAAACAUACUUGAGCAGCUUAAAUGUUUCGAGAAAGGGCUUCGAAACUUUCGAUAUACCCUCGAAAAGGUGAAGCAGUCCACAGACAUAUCAGAGUCAGAAGACGAGAUCAAACUAGCCCUGGAGCUUAGUGGGCUUACUGUCAAAGAACUUCAAGAGUUUGUCAAUAAGUACAAGCGUAAUGGGAGGAAUGAUUGGUGGAGAAGCUUUAGAUUCGCCAAAUAUGCCAGCAGACUCUACCAGGCGAAGAUCGAUAUCAUCGGCAUACGAUCCAGAUUGAAUCUUAUGAUUACCAGGGACAUACAACAGAUGGUAAUUGCAACUGCCACCACAAAAUCUACUACCAGUGCCUCGACAGCCAUAAUAACUACACAAACCAUCCAAGCUUCGAACAGAAAUGAAGUUCUUAUUCGUGAUCGGACCUACGAAGAUGUCACAUAUGCCAUUCACAAAGAUGUUUACGCUGGACUUGACCCAAUUUUAGCGCAAAUGGUCAAGAACACUGUCAACAUAGCUCUAAAAGACUUCAAUUUCAACAAUCGGUCUGAUAAUGGCGCUGAAACCGUAAGCAAGAACUCGCUUGGAAACAAUGAACCGUUGCCGGUAACCAGAGAUUGUGGUGGUAGCCUCUUAGAUGGGCUUACCAAUUCUAGGGUUGUGAAGCAAACUACUACAAGAAGCACAAUUAAUGCUUGGCUAGCGACGAUAGUUAUUUGA